AUGAAUGAUAACGGUUUUAGGAUUCAUCUUCUGUGUUACAACGUGCUAUUGAUGUCAUUGGCUCGAUUUGUGAUGAUUGAUGAUAUGAAGUCUGUUUACUGGGAAAUGUUGUUGGAGGAUAGAGUAUCGCCUAACGUGUAUACUUUUAAUACCAUGAUUAAUGCUUACUGUAAAUUGGGGAAUGUGAAGGAGGCAGAGCGUUAUUUAUGUAUGAUUCUUAAGGCUGGUCUAGGACCGGACGCCCAUACUUUCACAUCGUUCAUUUUAGGACACUGUCAGAUAAAGGAUAUUGAUAGUGCGACCAAAGUUUUCAUGACUAUGGGUUGUCAAAGGAAUGAGGUUUCAUACAAUAAUUUGAUGCAUGGUUUGUGUGAAGUUGGGAGGGUGGAUGAGGCCAGAAAGCUUUUCUUGCAAAUGAAGGACGAUCACUGUUUUCCAAAUGUUCGAACAUACACUAUUUUAAUCGAUGCUUUGUGCAGUUCAGAUAGGAGGCUGGAUGCUUUGAGUUUGUUUGAGGAGAUGAAGGAGAAAGGCUGUAAACCAAAUGUUCAUACUUAUACUGUAAUCAUUAAUGGUGCAUGUAGAGAUGGUAUGUUCGAUGAUGCAAGGAAACUACUUGGAACUAUGUUAGAUAACAGUUUGAUUCCUAGUGUAGUUACUUAUAAUGCUCUGAUUAAUGGGUAUUGCAAGAAGGGAAAGGUAGAUGCAGCAUUUGAGAUAUUUAACCUGAUGAAGUCAAACAACUCUACUCCGAAUGUACGCACAUACAAUGAAUUAAUUUCUGGAUUCUCUGAGCAGAAACAAGUGCACAAAGCAAUGGCUCUCCUUGGUAAGAUGCUGGAGCAAAAGCUUUCUCCUGAUCUUGUCACUUUUAACCUUUUAGUAUAUGGACAAUGUAAGCAGGGGGACAUAGAUAGUGCUUUUCGCCUGCUUAGGUUGAUGGAAGAGAAUAGCAUUGUUCCUGAUCAGUGUACCUAUGGUCCUAUCAUUGUAGCUUUAUGUGACAAAGGGAGUGUUGACAAGGCGUUGGACAUAUUUGAAUCCCUCAAAGGGAUGGGAAUAAAAGCGAAUGAAGUUACAUAUACUGCUCUAAUUUCUGGAUUUUGUAAUGCUGAAAAGGUUGACUUUGCCUUACAACUAUUCAGGAGAAUGUCCACUGAGGGUUUCCUACCAAACUCAUACACCUACAAUGUGGUAAUUAAGGGAUUGUGCAAGGUGAAUAAGCUAUCUGAAGCUUUAAGUUACUUGGAAAAAAUGUUGGACAUUGGCAUGAAACCUACAAUAGUUACUUACUCAAUUGUCAUUGAGCAAAUGUUAAAAGAAUUUGAGUUUGACAGAGCUUAUAAAGUUUUGAACCAUAUGGUUGCUAUGGGGUGUAAACCUGAUGUCUGCACAUAUACUUCUUUCCUUCUUGCUUAUUGCAACCAAGGAAUGUUGAAAGAAGCUGAGGAUGUGAAGGCUAAAAUGAAAGAAGAAGAGGUCCGACCAGAUCUGAUGGCUUUCACUGUACUAAUUGAUGGAUAUGGGCGUUCAGGGUUUCUCAAUCUAGCUUUUAGUACCUUCAAGUCUAUGAUUGCUGCUGGAUGCGAACCAUCUGAUUAUACUUAUUCAGUUUUAAUUAAACAUCUUUCUCAAGAAAAGCUAGUCGACAGAAGGGAUGGAGUAGAUCAAGAAUUUAAGCCAAUUAGUGGCUCCGUUAAUAUUGCAGAUAUCUGGAAAAUUAUGGAACAUGAUACUGCUCUUAAGCUUUUUGAGAAUAUGGAAAAGUAUGGCUGUGCACCAAAUAUAAAAACUUAUAAUGCACUCAUUACAGGACUUUGCAGAGAAAGACGCUUCGAAGAAGCCUGGAGGUUGGUUGAUCAUUUGAAACAGCGUGGGAUGUCUCUUAAUGAAGAUAUGUAUAACAAACUAGUGGAUUGUUGCUGCAACUUGAAAAUGUACAAGGAAGCUGUGGAUUUAAUUAAUGUCAUGCUCACUCAUGAAUUAUUACCACAUAUAGAGUCCUAUAAAUUACUUGUUUGUGGGUUAUAUAAUGAGGGAAGUGAUGAGAAGGCUAAGCAAACCUUUUGUAGGCUGCUUCACAUUGGUUACAAUUAUGAUGAGGUGGUGUGGAAGGUUUUGAUUGAUGGGUUAAUGAGGAUGGGCUUUGUGAAAGAAUGCUCUGAGCUAGUCGGUGUUAUGGAAAGAAGUGGUUGCCCCCUUAAUCCUCAAACACAUUCCAUGUUAAUUGAGGGGAUUCAUAACCAAAAAAAGGAGGACAAGUAG